CCCAAGUAGCAAUAUUUGCAAGAAUCUGCUAAUUCCCUGCAUCUUUCAGCUUUAAGAUUAGAAAGGCAAAAUAUUUCUACAAAUUAAUAAUUAGUAGAUAGCGAUUCAUCCAGUACAAUCCAAAUUCCCAUUCCCCUUAUCUUUUGCUUCCACACUUCCCCAUCAAUAUUUUAAUACAAAUUGAACCUCAUUCUUUCUGAUUUUUCGUUCACUCAACCUCUUUAUUCUUCUUUUUAACGUUGUUUUUGGCUGAGUUCUAUUCUGCACCAAACUCAAACACACACACAGUGUUCCCUAUAAUAUUAAUAAACCCAAUUCUUUUAGAAUAUGAUAUCACACACUUGGUGCAGUUGGAAUUGGAUUUGGAUAAGGACCCAGAUCUGAAAAAUUCAAUCUUGGACCUCCUUGAAGUGGUCUUGGUGGAGAAAAGGUUUGGGUAUUUCUCAGAAAGUUUGUAGCUUUUAUUGUUUUUAAUUUAUCAGUGAUUAGAAAAUUUGAGUUUUUGAUGAUUGGAGAUCGAUACUAUGUUUGGAGUGCUUCAUUGGUUUACUCGCUUCCAGUUUGAUCACAUUGUUUUUUGCUUUAACGAGGGAUAAGAUUAUUGGUUAUUUAAUUAGGUUUGUGUGUGGAACUGUUGGAGGUGGUUUCUUUGUGAAUAUUUGGAAUUGGGUUUUGUUAUUGGGUGUGAAUUGUUGGGGGGUGUUUGUGAAAGUUUGAAUCUUUGGGGAGGUUGGAGACUCUUUUUUGUUGAGCAAUGGAUGCAGGGUCAAAUGAUGUUCAAGGUAGCAGAGUGGUUUUGGGUGGGGUUGAUCAGAAUUCCCUUGAGAAAUCAAGGAAUUCUGUUGUUUGGUCAGUUGUUGAGUCUGUCAUUGUCGAGGCGGCCACUGCUAUUCGGAAAACUGAAGAUUUGAAGGCAUUGGGUGGUGAAUUGGGGUCUAAGAAGGCAGUAGGUGAAGAAGGGGUUGAGAGACUGAAUAAUAAGGAGGCAUGUGAGCCGCGUACUAGUAGUGAGGUUUCAAGUCAUGUUGAGCUAGAAACUAAUAAGAAUUCGAACAAUUUAGCUGAUGGGAAUGUGUCUGAGACUGUUGUUGUCAUCGACUCUGGUGAGGCUUCGCGUGGUACUGGAGAUGAUGGAAGAUUGGGUGUAAAGGGUGAUGAACUUGGGUCGAGUAAGGUGGCAGAGUCAAAGAUGAAGGUGCCUGAGGCAGAGAGGGAUUCACAUGUGAUUAAUAUCAAGUGUGGGAGUGGUAAAGGAUUUGGUGAUAAUUGGGAGGCGGAAAGUGUUUGUAGGAUUUGCCAUUUAAGUUCUGAUCAAUCGCCGGACAGAAAAACAGAAUCUAGUUCUUGUUCUGUCACUAUGGAUUUAAUUCAUCUUGGCUGUGAGUGUAAAGAUGAAUUAGGCGUUGCACAUGCUCAUUGUGCUGAAGCUUGGUUUAAGCUAAAAGGAAACAGAAUGUGUGAAAUUUGUGGCGAUACUGCAAAAAAUGUUACUGGUCUUGGGGAUAACAGAUUUUUGGAGGAGUGGAACGAAAGAAGAUUUUCUGGUCUUGGUGCGAACACAUCAGAGAGGAAUGUUGGAUGUUGGCGGGGACAACCAUUUUGCAAUUUCUUAAUGGCAUGCCUGGUAAUAGCUUUUGUGCUGCCAUGGUUUUUUCGUGUAAAUAUGUUCUAGUAAGGGUGACAUGGAUAAAAUCAAGGUACUUCUGCUGCAUUAUUUUACAAGCCUGCAAGAGUAGCUAGCGCAUUGUGUGGAUUCUUGCAACACAAUAUGGUGCAUUCAAAGGGAUUUUUCUGGUCUCCCAUACUUGUAAACAUACUCUCCGGGUUUCUGCAUUAGGCGCUGGAGAUAUGAAGUUUCAGAUUACAACAGUUGUCAUCUCGAUAUUUAGGACCACACCGUAGUUGGUUACUGCAUUCCUGUUUGGUUACAAUUUGUUGCUUUAUUUCAGUGUGGGUUGAGAUACUCUUAGAUUCUUCUUUUAGGUUUUUGCUUAAACUUUCACAUAGGAAUUAGGAGAAAAAAAAUCUCAAAUCUUAUUCCUCGGAGCUACCUUAGAAUUUUGGCAUCUUUGUUGUAGACUCCAUAGAAGAAGGAAAAAAAAAAAAGUGAAAGCCGGUACUGGUGUAUGUUUACUGCUAGUUAACAGUGCAAUGUUUGUUAGCAUUUA